AUGCCCGGCUCCAUGUCCCUCUUCUCCGUUAAUGCCGUCCUCCUAAUGUCGGCCGACGACGGCUCUCGCAUCUUCGCCAAAUACUACUCUCCGCCUCACCCCCCGGCCGGUGCUGCCCCCAAUUCCACCGAUUACCCCGGCGCAAACCCCUAUCCCACGGUCAAAGAACAGAAGGCCUUCGAACAGGGUCUCCUCGAGAAGACAAACAAGCAGACUAGCGAUGUGAUCCUAUACGACAACCGGAUCGUCGUCUUCAAGAUGGAGAGCGAUGUCAUGCUCUACGUUGUCGGGAGUGCUGAUGAGAACGAAGUUCUGCUUUAUAAUGUCGUGUUGUCAUUGAGGGAUGCUUUGGGUAUCUUGUUCAAGGGUGCUACUGACAAGCGCACGAUUGUCGAGAACUAUGAUCUUGUUGCUUUGGCUAUCGAUGAGAUCAUUGAUGAUGGUAUUAUUCUCGAGACGGACCCUGUUCUUAUCUCCUCGCGUGUGAGCCGUGCCCCUCAGGCCGAUGCGCCGAAUCUGAAGAGUAUCGAUCUGUCCGAACAAGGUCUGCUCAAUGCCUGGGAGCUUGGAAAGAGGCGCUUGGCCGAGGGCUUGCGGCAGAUGUAG